AUGGCUCGUACGAAGCAAACAGCACGUAAAUCAACCGGAGGAAAGGCUCCGAGGAAACAGUUAGCGACUAAAGCAGCUCGUAAGAGCGCCCCAUCGACCGGUGGAGUGAAAAAGCCUCAUCGUUAUAGACCCGGUACUGUCGCUCUUCGUGAAAUUCGUCGUUACCAGAAGUCUACUGAAUUGUUGAUCAGAAAGCUUCCGUUCCAGCGACUUGUACGUGAAAUUGCCCAAGACUUUAAAACUGAUCUUCGUUUCCAAAGUGCUGCCAUUGGCGCCCUACAAGAAGCCGCUGAAGCUUACCUGGUUGGUCUCUUCGAAGACACAAACUUGUGCGCUAUCCACGCCAAGCGUGUAACAAUUAUGCCAAAGGAUAUCCAGCUUGCCCGUCGAAUCCGAGGCGAACGUGCUUAAAGUCAACUUAAAAUGUUUGCUGUACAUAACUAGACUUUUAUGGAAGUUUUCAAGCAAGAAUCUGACUGAACUUAUCAUAAUAUACAUGCGCUAGUGGCGAACGAUCAAAGACAUUAUUCAAAAUAAUCAUUUCUGUGUAUACGUUUCCCGUUAUUUUCUCUGUAACUUUCGUUAAUUUUUAGUUUGAGUUGAAUCAAAUCAUCUCAUUGUAGUUGAUUUUUGGCCUGUAAACUUGUGUGUUUUUAAGAGUUUUACCCUGGAAGUGUUGUUUUAAGUUGUCCGUUGUUAUUUUGGCGCAUUUUAUUCUGGGCGACAAGGCGUCUUUGUUUCCCAAGAAUUUAAAAAACGCUCACUGCCAUAAAAAGCCCGUGUUCGUUGUCGAACGACUGAGAUGUUGCUCAUGGCCGUAUUGGGACAAAAAUAAUCCCGUGUCGUUACUUCAGUAGUGCAAACUGGCAACCUUUCUGUAAAUUAAUUAUAUACAUUUUUAACUAACCCUUAUUUAAGAGGCAAAUAAAACUGUCUUGUAGUAAACCAGUGUACAGUGACGUUUAUAGUAGCUUUAGAACAUAAACUUUCGCUAUAAAUACAUGCUCACGGUUCGGAAGGAAAUGUUAGCGGCGAUUUCUUCAUAGUCGAUCCAGAGCGUGAAAUUCGAAAAAAUCUGGCAGCGACCUGUGAAUCGAUGCCCAAAACGGCAAAAGCUAAAAAGUUUUUAGCGAAGGAAAGCUGUAAAGAGCAAUCGGGGAAUUGACAUCACCAGCCAUUAUAAGCCGUCGUGUGCGGCAGCGGCUGUUUCAUUUUUGCGGGCAUAGUCUCCUUCGAUCUUCCUAGAAAAUAGGAAGAUCGAAGGAAACUGCUUUCUAGGAAGAUCGAAGGAGACUGCUCCCUGCGGAGGAUGGUAUCUUACUUUGAGCAAAGUACAGUGAUUCACGAGUGAUCGACAAAAGAAACACGAGUUUUCCUUUUUCGUAAUUGUUCGUCACCACUUCGGAAUUCUUCGGUUUCUCAGUUCCAGUCUCCCAGAGGCAACGGCAUCAACAAAGAUGGCGGCCACCCGGUUUUGUAGGUUCAGAGUCCCAUCUGCUUCUGUGAAAGUUACGACAAAAGUAUUCGGCAAAACAGGGAUUUUUAACCUAGCAAGGCAGAUCUAUGUAAGAUUUCAUUUAUGACUUAUUGUCUAUACCUGUUUUUCAUUUUCUGUGUACUUUCUUUAUCAAACAAAUGCCCUGGUUGAACCGUUCUCAAAAUGAUGUGACCCCGUUGCAGGUUCCAGGUACAUGGAAACGUUCAUACUCUACAGAGGUAAGUUACCUCGCUGAACCAAUUUGAAAUAAACUUUUGAUUCUUCUAUACCAACCUGGCCAUCUGCUUUGAACUUUAUGUUGUUCACAAACAGCAUGCAUGUUAAUUAUAAAACCUCAAGUAAUAUUUUAAAAUAUUUCUCCCCGGGAUUGUCAAACCCAGAGCACGUUUUUUUUUUUACUAUUAUUACAACAAACAGUACUCAAUUUAAGGGAGAAUUAGCACAGAACCAUAAGUAGGAGGAGCUGCUGAGAAGAGACCUUGACACUCGACACAGCUUCUAGUAGAUUUAACGAGGAAUGUACUGAUAUUGCUGUGAGCAUGUUCAAAAGCCAUUUAUAUUGUAAUCUUUUUCUAGUCCAGAAAGGUAACACUUAUUCCUGGUGAUGGAAUAGGACCUGAAAUUUCCGAUGCUGUCAAAGAUGUAUUUGCUGCUGCCAAGGUUUGUGCUAUUCUUUCUGUACAUUUUUUGUUAUGUUACACCAUAACAUAAUUUAUUACCUAACAAGCUAUUUUUAUGCCCAUGUCACGGGCUAACCCCAGAGUUAGGACUUCAUGUUUUAGCUUGUUAUUAUAGAACAUUUGAGUUGUCACAUGUAUUGUGUUAUUUUGAACAUUUUGACCCUUCAGAUAAGAGACAGAACCAAGCUAAAAUUUCUUGAGCCCUGUUGAUAUGAAUCUCUCAUUGUGAAUUGACUUUUAGGUUCCUAUUGAAUGGGAAGAAGUCACAGUGGCCCCUAUUCUUCUUCCUGAUGGUAAAACAACCAUCCCAGCUGCAGCAAUAAACUCUAUGAAUAAGAACAAGAUUGGACUCAAAGGUACCUUUACUAUAACUAUGAUAAGACAAAAAAUAUAAUAAAUUAUUAGUUACUACAAAGAAGUGGUUAUUGCCCAUUUUGAUUAAUUUUUUUUUAUUUUGAGCAAUAUUUAUUCAGGGGUGCCCAGUUCAGCGAGGCUGGUUUGAAUGGGGUCCUGAUGAAAAGGAAACAACAGUUGAAAAUUGACGUCAAAGUACAGUAGAAUAUAAAAUUCAUCUUAUAAGUCAUAAAGCAAACUUCAUGCUGAAAGAAAUAAGGUUAAAUAUUCCUUUUAACUUCACCAUUGUAUGGCCAUUUUAUUGGUUUUUACGAGCUCCGUUUGGUUUAGAAACCUGGCCUUAGUUACCAGGCCUGUUAAAGUGUUAGCAACUCCUGCUAUUAGGAUUGUGAUUAAAUUGCUUUUGAGUUUUGAGUUUUAAGCAAAACCUUUUUGGACAAGAACUCUUGAGUUUCGGACAACAAAAAUUAAUAUAGUGCUUUUCUGAAGGACAAGUGGAUAAGAAAAUUUUUCUCUUACUCUGAUUUUGUCCUAAUUUACUAGAUAAGGUAAGGGAUUGUUGAGGAGAGAUAAUAAGAGACUACAGAAUUCCUAAGCCCAUCUGUUUGACUUUAUUCAUUGCUCUCAAAGUGCAAACAUUUUGUGCUUUGAUCAUUUUUUUGCAUGGCUUUAAAAGUCAAGCAUUUUUUUCACUUGUGGAAAAACUGAAAAUCUCUUUGGAAGUUCCCCAAGAUAAAGCCAAAAAAGGGAUAGGGCUAGAGAAGGCAAAUAUAAUGAAUUGCCUUCAGUUUUCCACCACAGUUUGAAACAAAGUAGCUAAGAAUAUUUAGCUCAAGCAGUGAUGUAGAAACAGAUUGAAAAUGUUGUAAAUGUUGUUUGCAGUGUUGUGAUUCCCUGAUAUAUUUUACUGUUUAUACAUAUCCAAGAGAAGGACUUCUGUUGGAUACACGUAAUUGGUGUAAACAGUUAUGUGAAAUUCACACCCUUUAAUUGGUUGACUAGAAUGGUUCAAAUGUCUAGGCUUAGCAACAACAACCACAACUAUUUUCUUCUAGAGUAUAGAUGUGAGUCUUAAGAAUGUUUGUUUUACUGUGAUAGGACCACUGGAGACAAAGAUUGGUAAAGGACAUGUGUCUAUGAAUUUGACUCUCAGAAGGUUAGAAGGGUUAAUAUAUUAACUUAAGAGGUCUAAUUUACCGUACUUAAUACUUGAGAUGCCACAAUACAAACAUAAAACCUGUGACAAUUAAACCCAAUUGGAUUGGAGGUAUGAUUGUUUCUUAAUUUACAUAGAGGAUUGAUGUCAAGACUCAUUAAGCCUUUGCAGUUUUUGGCCUCAUCUCAAGCCCUGUUAGGAAUAGCUUAAAUAAAUUGAAACGAAUAGUAAAUGUUAGUGACAAUGAUGAUAUUGUUUUACAUGUAUUUGAUUGUACAUUUGUAUAAGGAGUAAUAAUCCAAUUUUUUAUCCCCAUCUAGUUAGAGGAAAGGGAAAAUGAUUGUGUUGAGGGUGCUAGUAAAAUUCACUUUAAAACAAGCCUUGCUUUUUGACAUUGUCUUCCUUCUCCAGGAUUUUUAAUCUGUAUGCCAAUGUACGGCCUUGCCGGUCCAUAGAAGGCUAUCCCACAGCAUACGAUGACGUUAAUCUGGUCACAAUUAGAGAAAACACCGAGGGAGAAUACAGUGGCAUAGAGCAUGUGGCAAGUCAAUAGCUCAAAAUUUGUUGAAUAUAAAAUUAAUUAUUUGUUAAAUUUGAUGGCAUUUAAUAUUAUAAAUAAUAUGCUCAGAUAUUUUGCAAGUUGCCUAGUAUUUGGUGUGUGGAAAACUACCAUCAUGUAUAAGCAGUGACCUAAAUGUCCACAAAUAGUUAUUUAUGGUACAUCAAACACUCAAAUAAAGGAUGUAUUGUUCCAUGUAAUAACAGGUCUGUUAGCAAGUUUUUAAGUUGCCAGGUAUAUGCAGCUAGUAGGUGGGAAACUGAACAGCUGAAAAGUUCUUUAUGUUGUAUUUUACUUAUGUUUCGCCUCAAAGUAGCCAGGGGUCAUGCUCAUGGUUGCCGAGGGAAAAAAAAUCACCCCACAAAUUGGAACUAGUCCAGUGAUUUUGUUGACUCUUUGCUCCAUCAGCAACAGAAACAUGACGUAAUAGUGAGCUUAACCAAAGAUGCGUUUGAGCAAUGUACAUCAACCAGGCCCCAGUUGUUCAAAAGGUUGAUAACGCUAUCCACCGGAUAAAUCACUUACCACUGGAUAGCGCAAUUGGUUUUCCUAAUACUUAUCGGUUGGAUAGUGAUUUAUCCAGUGGAUAGCGCAAUGUGAACUUUUUGCAUUCUUGGGCGGUGGUUUUGCCCAGAUUUUUGAGUAAAUCAUCAAGAUAAGAGUAAAGAAAUCUAGCAAUACACAUUCCAAAAUGAAAGAAUCAAGGUAUAAAUUGAAAGGGAAAAAGGCCUCACCUCCUGUUGAUGUGCAUCCCUCAAAAACACCUUUGCUUUAAGUGCCUCCCGGGGGACUUAAGAAUGGAAUGAUAGAGUGGGUUACAGAUUGUGUUUAUGAGGCUGUUUUAAGGUGAGGUGAAACACCUGACUAAGUAAGUGUCCCAUGUUUUUCCAAAUUGUUCUCUUCUUUCACAAGCAAAGACAAGGCAGCCAAGUUUGAAGUAAAAUGCAGCCAUUCAUCAGAAGUCACUUAGCAUAUUUCUUUUCAGACACUAUUUAACCUGUGAACGUAGAGGUUCUGGUCGUUGCCUCUCUCCACCCACAAAGUAACUUACGUUUUGGGUGGAGAGAAGUAGUGACUAGAAAUAUAUCUGUGUUUCCAGGCUAGACACCAUUUAAUUUUUAGAUUUUUUUUUUCAGAAAUAUCUCUGCAACAUCAAUGGGGCAAAUUGAUAACAUUUUAUUUGCUUGGUAGGUUGUUGAUGGUGUAGUGCAAAGUAUUAAACUGAUCACAAAGGAAGCUUCACAACGAGUUGCAGACUUUGCAUUUAGCUUUGCUAAGGCAAAUGGCCGACGUACUGUUACUGCUGUACAUAAAGCCAACAUCAUGUAAGUAUGAAACAUUAUUGUAAAUCAUUUGAUGAAAAAUGUAAUGCAGUUACUUAUUGUCUUUCUUUUGAGUGCCUAUUUUGUAAAACCAAGUGUGCAUAGAAAGUAGUGUUCUGUAGCCCGGGGCUAGUGGAUUUUGUUAUCAGGCUAGUGAUUUCUAUUAUUAAAUUGCCCGAUAGGCAAGUGAAGUUUUUUGGGGGAACUCAAAUUACAGAAGAACUGUAACCAAUGCUCAUCAAAAAUUUUUUUCAGGCUAGUUGAAAUGACUUUUGGGCUAGUACGUGCUAGCUAUAGUUUGCCCGAAUGACAAGCUGUAAAACUGACUUUCGUUGCGCCCUGAAAACCUAAAACAGUUCAUCAAAUCCAAGUCCUUUAGAGACAUCUGUCCAACCCCCUGCUGAAACUUGCCUUAAUUUUGCCAUGAUGCUUGUACAGUUAAACCUUUAUUAAACAGCCCUCUCCUAAGCGGCCACCUCCUAUUAACCCUUUAAACCCUAAGAUCAAAAUUUGAAUUCUCAUUCAUUACCCCUAUUCAUUUCCUACAGAGGUAGUGGGGAGAAGUUGUUAAAAUAUCACGCAAAUUCAUCUUGUGCACAUGAUCAUGUCUGUAAUUUUCAUGACCACUCUGUUUUACAAAGCAUUGAUAUUUCAGGGAGAAAUUUGAUGCUGAUCACUUAUAGGGCUUAAAGGGUUAAGUGACCAGUUAUCAAAGUCCCCAAGUAAUUGUAGAAGAGAAUGGGAAAUUAAACCUCUGCGGUCCCCACCUCUAUUAAGCGGCUGCAGCCACCUUUUUGCCGUCCCAAUGAGAGUUCUCGCAUUGUUGUCACCUCUAUUAAGCAGCCAUCAAGCACUUGAUACACUUUGUUUAGCUUUUUCUUUAAGAACAUGAUGAAGGAAAAUACACUGCGAGAUACAAAGCGACAACUGAUUGUGGACCAGAAAUGCUGGUCUCAUCAUGAGACAGUUUGUUUCGAAAUAAAGUGAUGUUUCUGAUAAAUAUUAUGCUAAUUUAUAAUGAGCACCCAACCCCAUUAAGUGGCCACUUAAUAGAGGUUCAAUUGUAUUUUUGACCCCCUUUUGGGAAGUUGCAAAUCUGUCACUUCAUAGAGUGGCCACUUUGAGUAUAAGUUUGUUGUAAACUUGACGCCUUUAACUCCUAAAAGUGAUCAACCUUUAAUUUCUCAUACUACGUCUACUAACUAAGAUUUCCUAGUCACUCAAGACAAAAGGCAAGGUGCCAGAAGCCACUGGGCACUGCAAGAGCAUAGCCCUUUAGAGUUUAAAGAAAGGACCUCCACUGUCUAUUUUGUUCUUUAUUCACAUUAUUACAGUGAAAAUUGGUCAAGUGGUCAAGUAUUGCCAAGUAGAAUAAGUCGAUUAUUUAAAUCUUGAGUUCAUUUUUUGCUUCAAUAUUGCAUUCUUUAGUUGUUAAAAAUUCACACCAAGCCUUGAUUUAUAACUGGAAUACUGUUUGGAUUUAAGUGAGACAUCAGUCAUGAAAGUGUACAGAGCACCAGAGUUCUAGAUUGGGAAUUCCUGUUUGUUUGUUUAUUUGUUUAUUUUUCCCUCCAUUUAUUUAUUUUACAAGCCAUUUAUAUUGUAUUACAGGAUUGAAGAAUUAAAGAUGCUAUUUGUAGAAUUAAAUAUCAGGUUACAAGAAUAAAUGGAGAGGGUAGGAUAAAGUUAUACUAAUUACUUGCCCUUUGAUUAAAUUACAGUUUUAUUUAGGUUAAAAGAGAAAAAAAGAGAAAACUAUAAACUAUGAAAAAUAAUGAAAAAUAUUCAAAAGAGAGGAAAAAAGAAAAGCACAUACACACGCACACGCAUAAGAAAAAAAUGUAACAUUUGAGAGUCAGUGUGGCGAUGAUUAAUACUGAGCAAGAUAAUAGUUGAAAAGUGCUCUUUUAAACAAUUUUUUAGUUGUUUUUUCACGUAUAGAUAAAGGAAUUCCUGUUAUAAUUUUGCAGCAUCCUGGGGGAAAAGUUUACACUUUUGAACAGUAUUAUGCUUUUUUCCAUGUAUGAUGAAGUCAUUAAUUCUUCAAGUCAUACCUUUUAAGUGUUUUCAAAAGAGAUAUUCAGGAUUUCACUCAAAUCUUGGACAUUUUUCAUUUCAAUCUUGUAGACAGCUGUCGCACUAACAAUUGUUUAACCUAUUGAACUCUGCGCCUGUGCCUUUAAAUAUUGAUGCCUUUUAUCCAAUUAUAAGAACUCCAUUCUUAAAUCAAUUAAAGAAAUGAGUUCUUAUCAUUUUGAAGUUUUAAAUCCUUCAACUAAACAAUGUGAUAUUGAAACCAAUAAAGAACUCAAUUCUGAAAUACAGUAUAAUCAAGUUCAAUUCUUCCUAGGAACGCUUGACCACUUUUCACGGUAGCUACGGUUGUAAUAAUUAACUAUGAGUUGUAACAAUUCAUCCUGAUGGUUUUGCUUUGUGAUUUGCUGAUAACUUAGGAGAAAAUCUGAUGGUCUGUUUCUGCAAUGCUGUCGAGAGGCUGCUGAGAAGAACAAAGAUGUCAGAUAUAAUGAGAUGUAUUUGGAUACCACUUGUCUUAAUGUGAGUGUAGAAGGCAAUAAAUUACUUAACUACUAUGGUAACCAUGAGGUGUAUGAUAGGACCAUUGCAGCCUUUGCACUGUGUUGCAUGAAGGCAGUCAAUAGACCAGGAUAUGGACCAAGAAAUAAAAUUUGCUACCCAACCGAAGCUAAUAAACCUGGUUGACCUGUGCAGUCUCUUAGUCCUGGGCUUGCUGUACAGUAGAUUGCACUCUCUCUUAUUUUGGUAGGUCACAUUAUUAUGCAAUCAGUUGGACCCCAUGCACACCUCCUGAUGAAUGUCUUCAGCCCACUGGGUCCAUUUAAUAUGGCCAAAUGUCAGAUUAUCUCACGGAUAUUCCAACAGUACAGUAAUGAUCAGUGCAUUCCCAUUUUUAUCGCCAAGAGUAUGUCUUGCAUAACAAAAUUUAAUGCAGUUAGAAACAAACAACAACAAAGAGCACCACCUCGCCUGUGUAGCAAUUGUUUCCUGUGGUUUCAGAGCAAAGAACAAGGAACUAGAGUCAAAGAACGCGCAAAAAAUGUCACUCUCGUUCCAUUUUUCGUGAGGCCAAAACCGAAAAUCCCGUUCGUUGGUCUUUCUUUGCUAAGAAACCAAACGGAAACGCUUGCUACGCAGGCGAAGCACCACAUCAUGUCAUUGGUCAGCAGUCAGUUUAGUGAACCAGGUACAGACAGACUUGUUUGUGCAUGCAACAGCUCCAUUUACUUGGUACAGCAUUUCAUGGCGGCCUCUGGGCCCCGGGGGGUGGGGGGGGGGUACUUAAGGAAUUUCUGGUUGGGGAUGUGCCGCUGGGACCCUGGAACCCUUAACCUAUACCAGAGCUAGUUCAACUGAAUUUUGCCACCCUAUACUAGAGUAAACUCCCCAAAUCCCCCUAUCCUAGAGUAGCUGUUUCCCUUGUCUAGAUAAAAUCUUCAACCAACUGAUCAGUUUCCUGAAAAAUGAUACCCUAUUCUAGACCCAAACGCUCUGAUUUAUAUAUCCUAUCCUAGAGUAUAUAUCCUAUCCUAGAGUAAACUGCUUGAAAACCAUACCCUUCACCCUUCACGGCACAUACCUAUAUAGCCCAUAUAUGGCAGUACCCCCCCCCCCCCGGGCCCUGGGGCUUGUUUAGCCUUAGUAUCUUGCAUUUACCCACAAAUCUCCAUCCCUUUAUUUUUCUACUAAAGUUAGUUAAACAGGUGCCUGGUUAUGUUUGCAUAGGAGCUCAGGGCUGUGAGACGCAGAUUUACCAGCUAUUGUGGCAUUACUGUAUGUAGGGGUUGGCUUUGUCAAAAGUGGAAGCCCUGGACAUACCAGGCAUUCACCACUACCAUAGUCUCUCCCUCUACUAUGCGAUGCAGUAGUAUUAUCAUUUAGCAUUUCUUUAUUGUCAGAUUGUAAAAGAUCCUAAAGAAUUUGAUGUUAUGGUGAUGCCAAACUUAUAUGGAGAUAUUUUAAGGUAAACUUAUUAAUAACGAUGACGACAACGAGAACGACGGAAGACGACGACGACAACGACGAUAGUUUUUAAGGUUUUGUCGUAUGAGACAGAGUAUUUCCGAACUGUUUCUGAUAGCAGUUCGUCAAUAUCUUCAUGAACUUCAACGUCUCCACCAACAACAUCCUCCCCUGAAGCCGCCGUAUUGAAAAUUGUGCCUGUGGGAGACUAAGUUCGAUAGUUUUUGACACGUUCUGAUUGGUUCUUUGUUUUGCUGUUACAUGUAUGUCGAAGUGUGUUUACACUAGUUUUGACCUUGCAUAACCGAAACAUAACAACAGAACGACAUAAAUAAACGAACGAACGACGUAACCACCUCCUUAUGUCGUUAUGGUAAUGUCGUUAUGUCGCAAGUGUGGACCAGGCUUUAUAACGUUCUUAACAUUAUAAAGAAUAAUUAUUAUUAAAGACUCGACUUUUUUUAAAGUAAUAUCAAGGUUUUUAUAUUAUUACAACUGACAUAAUCUUUCUUUUCUUCCAUUAUAGCGAUUUGUGUGCAGGUUUAAUCGGUGGGUUAGGAGUCACGCCCAGUGGAAAUAUUGGAGCAGAUGGAGUAGCCAUAUUUGAAUCAGUGAGUGUGUUGUUCUUUGUGUUGUGGAGUUGCAGGAAGGAGAUGUUUGCUCUUUGAGCAUCAGUUCUAUUAAAGCAGGAAAGGAGUGAUCGGACUAUUUAUUAAUUAGAUAUACAGUGUAAAGUAGUUGUGCGCCUGAUUCUGGGCUCAAUUCUUUAGUACUGGAACAAUAUUAUACUACGGGUCAGUUACCGGUCGUUUCGAUACAAAGCUGUUUCGAUACAAGUGGCUUCGUUACAGCUUUAUUCAUUCGAGGUGUAAAUACUUCCACGUAUUUGGCUUAAAGAACGAAGAUAUUCACCCAAAAUGUUUUCUUGUUCACUCGCAAACUAUACUUGAAGUGAACAAUCUUUUUGUGCAAUUUUAAUGCUUAAGUUUGUAUCGAAAUGACUUUGUAUCGAGACGAUUCCUAGGGGUCUAAUCACUGAGUAAAGCUAAGCUGAGCUAAUUGUUUUACCUUCCUUUCUUCUAGUGAGGCUCUGCCUCACAUCGCUUCCACUUAAUCUCACUCUAUCAGAGUGAAAAAAUAAAAAAACACUGGGAGUCGGUUAUUUGAGCAAAGUCCAAGCCAUGACGCGGGUUAAGAAGCUCAGUGGCCUGUAAAAGUUGUUUACAAGCGGCGUAUUUUUAGUAGAUUAAUAUCCUUGUUAGCCCGGCUGUAAACCUCCCUGAUGCUUGGGCAGUGGCUUUAAGCCGUUGGCCUUGUCUCCCUCAUCCUUCUUUCAUUAUAUUAGUCAGUUCGAUAGAGGAUUUAAAAGAACCCACGCUACCGUUCGAUAAGACUUUUUUUAUCCCAUAUCAUAAAGAAUACAGCCAAUCAGAAAGCUAGAAACCCGUUGCAUAUUCAACGGUAUGGAGCGGGUAUUAUAUUUCUUCCUUCUCAUUGGCUGAGAGCCCACCACGUGACCUGCAAAUAACUGCCUACAAAUAAUGGUCUGCUCGUGCGCAAACUCGUUCAACUGUGUUUGGCGGCAAAUAAUAUUCUGCUCAUGCUUAAAUUAAACCACGCUUUCCUUCUUCUUGAGAUCGCUCUUGCAUGAAGAUGGCAGAUCGCUUCGCUUACCUUUCAGCGUUUAAAAAGCAAACUCGGUGAUCGAAUGAUAAAACAAUUAUUUGACUCGGUUAUCGCAAAAUAUCGUGAUUUGUCAGUGUCUCGCAGUCAAUUAUUUGCCUUAGCCUUUGAUAUUUUACUCAACCUCGUCCAAUAUCUGUUAAGUAUUUCACGAAAAAAUCCCUGCGAUGCUCGCGGCCUUUACGUUUUCUCGCCGAAAACAAAGCAGAUGCCGACAGCAGAAACUUUCAUUCUACAAAAAUUGCCAGAAGCAACUUUAAAGAACACUAUUAAACCCAAGUUUUAACUACCAUUCGGACUUCUAGAAAGUCAAAGUUGCAAAAGCGAUACAAAACGAAAUAAAACAGACUACAACAGAAAAAUCUAUUUGUCGAGAGCAGCAAAAACAAACCAGUUAAUCCGUGUUGAGAUGGAUCUGCAUUUCAAAACAGCAAGUCUACCGAAAUCCCGCGAGAAACGUUCGACAGAUGUGUUACCAUUUUCUUCAGGACUCAGGUAAAGUAGACAGAAGUGAACACGACCUUUAUUCAUUGAUAAGCUGUCAAUUAUUUAAACAUUGUUGUUUACAGAUUACAUUUAUUGUUAAAAGUGACUUUCUUUUUGUUUACCUUUUGUAAUCUUUAAGGCCUGAUCGCGGGUUACUUCAUUAUUAAACAUGUUUAGGUGUAGUCGUGUAAUUCUUGUUACCAACCUCAUUGGUAGCAAUGGUAAAUAAUAUAAUCAUAUGUCUUUAGUGGUAUUUUGUAACUGGCGAUUGAAAUUUUAACCUCAGAAACAUGCCUUCAGAACUGAAAUUUUUGUGUGUGUUCUUGCAAAUCUAAAUGAAUGAAGGAUAUCGAUAAAGUUAACUUUAAAGAUGAAGGUAUUGGUAAUGGGGCGAUGGCGAUGGCAUUAGCGACGGCACACGGCCACGGCCACGGUAAUGGCGAUGGCGAUAGCGUUGGUAAUAAUUAGUAUAAUAAAUCUGACUAGGUGCUGCUAGUCAAAGGUUAAUGGCCUCGAUCAUUAAACUCUCCAUUCCUUUACUAGCCUGAGAUCAGACCCAAUUUUAGUAGCUUCUAUGCAUUCUCUCCUACGUCAGGGGCACCCAACGACAAUUUUCGGAAGAAUAUCUGUUCGGAAGACGAUUUGAGAUCUAGAAUUCUCGGAACAUUUGUUGUAAAAUUUCUUGCUUCCAUUCCUCUCCUAGGAUUUUCGAACAAAUAAAAAAUGGUAUACUUGCCCAUUUUUAGCUAAUUUUUACCCUAAAAAGUUCACCUAGAAUUUUCGGGAGCCUAUUUUCUGGCUAAAAUUUUCGAAAAGGUAAGUUUUGACCCCUAUAAUUUUCGGAUCACUAGACUUUCAGCUAGGAAAUCCGAACAGAUGAAAAAUAUUUAGGGGAUAAAAAUAUGCCUAUGUCUACCGUUUAAAUACUAAAAUACAUUUAAUAAUGCUAUGUUUAAGUGGUUAUGAACUAUAUUCUCGUUGGGUGCCCCUGCUAUGUGGUCGCGCAAAAAUUGGGCUCUCUUUUUCAUUUACGAAGCGAAACGAAAAUAGAGCCUGAUCUCAGAUUACCCUUUACUAUUGAGAAUGGACGAGUGUUUCAUAAAGCAUAUUGUCAAAAACCGUAAUGCAUUUUGGUUUUUAUUGUUUACAGGUUCAUGGCACAGCCCCCGAUAUUGCAGGCCAGGACAAAGCCAACCCCACAGCUCUCCUACUAAGUGCUGUUAUGAUGCUCCGGCAUAUGGAACUUCACUCACAUGCAGACAGUGUAGAGGGAGCAGUACUGGAGACUAUCAAAGAAGGACAAGUA